CGAUUUUAAGAAUGCCAGUGGUUUAUAUAAUCCAAAGGAUUUACCACAUGGACAUUCGGUACAAAAUUUUGGAAUUAUGAAAAAUUUUUGAAAGUUAAAUAUUAAAAAAUAAUAAUAAAAAAUGGUAGUAUCAAAGACCGACGUCGAAGCAGCAGCGGUUAGGGACGAGAUCCCUCACGACCACUUGUACAAGGUCACCGGUUUGUCUUCAACGAAUUUGGAGAAGUUAGCUCAAGAACCAGGGUCCGAUUUCGAAACGGCAAUCGCUGCGACGGGUUACGGCUGGUUCAACAUUGUCCUGAUGCUGUGCACCCUCCCCGCCUUCUGGAGCGCUGUCUCCGUCACCAGCGCGCCCUCCUUCAUCUUCACACGAGCUCAGUGUGACCUGCAACUGCGUCUGUUGGACAUGGGCACGAUCAACGCCAUGACUUAUAUGGGAAUGAUAUCGUCAGCUAUGAUUUGGGGUUUCCUCUCGGAUACCCUGGGCAGGAGGUGCAUCCUUGUGUGGGGAUUCUUCUGCUCCGGCCUGGUGGAGGUAGCCGCUGCCUUCAGCCAGAACUACACCAUGCUUCUCAUCACGCGCUUCUGUAGUGGAUUCUUAUUUAACGGACCGUUUGCUGUUCUAAUAUCCUAUCUAGCAGAGAUGCAUCGAACAGAUCUCCGCGCGCGAGUCCUCUUACUGACCAGCCUGUUCUUCACUAUAGCCAACACGACACUGCCACUCCUGGCCUGGGCCAUCAUCACUAAGGAUCUAGACUUUAACAUCUUUGGCAACAGUGUUGUUAUCCACAGUUGGAACCUGUUUCUCCUGGCUGCAGCAAUGGUACCACUCGUCACAGGUGUGGUGUUCUUCUUCCUGCCAGAGAGUCCCAAGUUCCUGAUGUCCCGGGGACGCAAUGAGGAAGCCUUGAUGGGAUUCCGCUGGAUUUACUCCUUGAACACGGGCAAACCUCCAGAAACUUAUCCAAUAACAAAACUAGAAGAGGAGAAGACGAAACAGAGAGGUCGUGGUGUCGAAGCCCUGCGUGGAGGCUGCACGCAGCUGGCGCCACUGUUCAAGCCGCCACACUUAGCGUGGUUGGUGCUCAUAUGUGUCAUCCAUAUGGGGUGCAUGUUUGGAUCAAACACCAUCCGUCUAUGGUACCCUCAACUCGCAGCCAUGAUCGGGUCGGAGGGCAACGAGACCCUGUGUUCAGCCAUCGCGCCAGGUCCUGUGGUUGAGGAGAUAGACUGCACGCCCAUACAGACAGACAUGCUGACGUAUUUGCAGAGCGCGAUAGUGGGUGCUGGCUCCGUACUAACCUAUGGGAUUGGAGGGGCUUUGAUUAAUAAAUGCGGAAAGAGGUCAGUGGCGGGCGUCUGUGGCGUGCUGAGCGCAGUUUUCAUCGUGGUGCUGCCUUUCACGGGCAGCAAGGCGCUGACCCUCGUCGCCAUGUUCACUAGUGGCCUGGCGCUCACUUCGCUCUGCUCCGCCACGCUGUCCAGCAUUGCUGUCGAGCUGUUCCCCACUUCACUCAGGGUAAUGGCGAUGGCCACAUUCCUCAUGACCGGCCGCGUGGGCACCAUCAUGGGGACGGUCAUAUUCCCCGCCCUCAUGGAGUUCGGCUGCCUGCCGCCGUUCAUGACAAUUGCUGUAGUUUUAAUGAUAUGCGGGCUGGCCUGCUUCUUUUUACCAAAUACUACACUAAAAAAGUUGGAGUAAAUCUACAUUUUGUAUAUUAAGUGUGUAUAGUACUUAGUAGGGAUUUUUGUGGCUCUUCCAGGGAUGUAUGUCUAAAGUAUAAGUUGAUUAAGUAUUAGGGGAACCUAUGGUUAUGAUAGAUGAUUGAUUGACAGAAGCGGAGCAAAUAUUUGUACUUGUUCUAAGAGUUCUACCUUGUAAAAUGUUGUUCUGUUCUGAGUGAUGUAAAAUAGAUACUUUAUAGUUCCAUC